UCCACUACAAAAGUAUAAGUCCCACUACUCUCACUUUAUUAUAUAUUAAUCACUCUUCUUUAUAAAUUUCCCCAUUUCCAAUCAGACAACUAAAAGGGAUUCGUCCCCAUGGCGGCAACCGGACCUUCUCUGUUUGUCGCCAGUCCGUUAGUGACGUCAACGGCCGGAAACUCGGUGAGGAACCGGUGCUUAAGCUCAUUUCGAGCGAUGGCGGUGUCUGAAGAUCAGAAAUCGUCACCGGCGACGGUUGCAACGAGGUCAACGGAGAAGGGAAGAUGGUUGGAAGAGAAGAAUAGGAAGGGAAGGAAGGAAGAAGAAGAGUUAACAUCGAAUAUUUACUCGAAUCCUCAGGAAAUAACCGACGAGAAUGGAAACACGUUGAGAGAAUAUUUCCAAGACUGCAAAGAUUUGAUGAUCCAAUCAAAGGCAGGGCCGCCACGGUGGUUUACUCCUUUGGAGUGCGGGUCCCAUGCUCCUGAUUCUCCUCUCCUCCUCUUUUUGCCUGGGAUUGAUGGCAUGGGGCUUGGACUUUUUAAACAUCAUCAUAAACUGGGAAAGAUUUUCGAAAUUUGGUGUUUGCAUAUUCCAGUAACGGAUAAAACAUCAUUUACAGAUCUAGUGAAGCUGGUUGAAAGAACAGUAAGGUCCGAGUACAAGAGAUCACCAGACCGACCAAUUUAUAUUGUUGGAGAGUCUCUUGGAGCAUGCAUUGCCUUAGAUAUUGCUGCUCGUAACCCUGAUGUUGAUCUUGUGCUAAUUUUGGCCAAUCCAGCUACAUCAUUUAGCAGGUCACAAUUACAAUCUCUAAUACCUGUACUGCAAGUCAUGCCUGAUCAACUCUCGUUGUACUUCUCUUACAUGCUGAACUUGGCAUCAGGUGAUCCUUUGAGGAUGGCCUUCGAAAAUGUGGCAAAGGGACUUAUGCCACACCAAAUUGUUGGAGAGCUAACACAGGAUCUGGUUGCAAUGUCGUCUUAUCUCUGUGUUCUGGCUGACAUGUUACCCAGGGAAACACUUCUCUGGAAGCUACAAAUGCUUAAAUCUGCUUCUUCAUCUGCCAAUUCACAUCUCCAUGCUGUAAAAAAUCAAGCAUUGUUGCUUUGCAGUGGGAAGGAUCAGUUGUUUCCCAGUGAAGAGGAAGCUCAAAGACUGUACCGCAUGUUGCCUAAAUGUGAGAAACGUGUGUUUGAAGAAAGCGGGCAUUUUCUCUUCUUAGAAGACGGUUUUGAUUUGGUAACAGCCAUCAAGGGUGCUAGUUUCUAUCGCCAAGGAAAAUACCUUGACUACGUGUCAGAUUACAUACCACCCACACCUUAUGAAUUUAAGAAAAUAUAUGAAUCAAACAGAUGGGUACUUGCUGUUACUAGUCCUGUGAUGCUCUCAACUUUAGAGGAUGGCAAAGUGGUGAGGGGCCUGGCUGGAAUCCCCUCAGAAGGACCAGUCUUGUAUGUUGGGUAUCACAUGUUGCUGGGAUUUGAAUUGGCUCCCCUAGUGCUUCAGUUUCUCAUGGAGAGAAAUAUUCUUUUGCGAGGGAUAGCCCAUCCGAUGAUGUUUACUAGAGCCAAAGAAGGCAGAAUGCUUGAUCUAGGUUCAUUUGACACAUAUAGACUAAUGGGUGCAGUUCCUGUGUCUGGAUCCAACUUCUACAAACUUUUAUCUUCAAAGUCUCAUGCCUUACUGUAUCCUGGAGGUGUUCGUGAGGCUCUUCAUAGGAAGGGAGAAGAAUACAAGUUAUUUUGGCCGGAACAGUCGGAGUUUGUGAGGAUGGCAUCUAGAUUUGGAGCCAAAAUUGUACCUUUUGGCGUGGUAGGAGAAGAUGAUGUUGGUGAGCUAGUUUUUGACUACAAUGAUCAAAUGCAAAUCCCUUCAUUGAGGACGUUCAUAAAAGAGCUCACAGAAGAGGUUGUGCACUUGAGGAUUGAUGCCAGUGGCGAAGUGUCGAACCAAGAUGUCUACCUUCCCGGAGUUGUUCCUAAAUUGCCAGGCCGAUUUUAUUACUAUUUUGGGAAACCUAUUGAAACAAAAGAGAGGAAAGAAGAGCUAAGAAACAGGGAGAGAGCUCAUGAAGUAUAUUUGCAUGUGAAGACAGAGGUUGAGAAAUGCAUAGCCUACUUGAAGGAAAAAAGAGAAGAAGAUCCCUACAGGAAUUUAAUGACUCGGUUGGUGUACCAGGCCACGCAUGGCUUCGAAGCUCAAGUCCCGACAUUUGAGCUUUGAUGCACAGUAUAUAUAAAGGUUGAUAUUGGGUUUUCUCCUUACAAAGUUUGGCAAUGAAAGCUGCAUUGUUACAUGUCAAGAAACACACUAUAUAUAAGCUAUAGACCAUAUCAAAGAAAGGAAUGGUCUACUUUUUCCUUGCUUUUGUGGGGAUGGGUGACUUUUUGUUAUACCUAUUCUCUAUUGGCUUUGAUUAACUCAAUUGAAUAUAUAAUAAUUGAUAUAUUAUGUGUCCUUAAA